AAGAGAGAGGGAGAGGGAGUUGGUGGAGGUGGUGGCAAUGGCGAUGGGGAGCGAGGCGACGACGUGGGUGGGGAAGAAGCCGCUGCGGCGGAUCGGGGGCAUGUCCGAUGCCCUCUCCAUCGCCUCCGAUCUCGGCUUCUCCAUGUCAGCUCCUCGAUCGCAGGAAGAAGUCCAAAACUUGACCUUGAGUAAUGGUGAAAAGGGUGAUGACUUGAUAAGGGUUCUAAGGGAGCUCACUGCAGUGCAAAGAAAAAUUGCAGAUCUGCAGGUGGAACUUCAGGGCAGAAAGGAUGAUAGAAACGUGUCACACUUGACACAUGUGAGCGAGAUGGAGAAGAAGAUUGAGACUUUGGCAAGGAUCACAACAAUAUUGAAAGAUGUUAUUCAAAAUAAGGAUCGCAUCAUAGCUCGGCUACAACAACCCUAUUCCCUUGAUUGUAUUCCAGUGGAAGCAGAAUACCAGAAACAAUUUUCAGAAUUGCUGAUGAAGGCUGCCGGCGACUAUGGUGCCUUGACAGCAUCUGUUGGGGAUUUCCAAUGGAGCCAGAACUUCAAGGAACCUCCUUCAGUUUGGGGGGAAAUGCUUCGCCCUAUUCCUGUGGCCUUAGCAUCAUGCACCAGAUUCUUCGAGGCUAUGUCUGCCAUGAGAGAGUCGUUUGCCACCCUUCAAAAGCUGAGAGUGGGUCAAUCUUUCCCCUCUUUGCCCGCGACACCAAGUGGGGAUCCCUCACAGAAAAUCCUAGGAGUGUCCGACUGCGUCACUCCACCUUCCUGGAGAAAUGAGUCAAGCAUCGAUGACUUAGCCAUCAGGAGCAGGAGAGGACAAGGAAUUGAGCGUCCUGAAGACGACAACAGCGAGGUUGCGGAGCACCAUCCUGCCGAUGGCACGGGUAACCGGAGAUUGUCCUGGCCUCCGAUAAAGAAGGGCAGUGCCUAGUUCGAAGGCAAGGAUCUCCCAUUCGUUUGUAAAGGCUAAUGAUUUAUCGGUUCUUCUGAUCAAACCCAUUGGAAACCUGUAAAAUAACACUGAAACCACGGUUCACUGUGAGCCUGUGAAUUGAUGGGAAUGUGCCAUUGGAUGGCAUUAUUUCCUACAUACACUAAGGAAUUGUUCAACGAUUCGAUGGAGUAGAGUGAUCUUGAAGUCUUUCGGAUGUGUAUCGUUUUCAUACAUUAUUUGGACGUCGCCUCUUGACCAGAAAUGUGCCUAUGAUGAUGUGUUCAUGGGCUGUUCGAUGGAGAGGACGGCAACGUUUUUCCUAGAUGUGGCGCAAUCGAGGCAUUGCGUGCUUGGACCUCCAAAUGAAUUGUGGCUGCAGUUCUCCCUUCUUUA